GAGCGUGCAUAAAGCAGCCGCGCGCCCCUCACGCUCCAGAGGCCGCAGUCUGUCAGGAUGAGCAGCGGAGUGUCGGAAGUUAUCGUGUUAUUUCUCGGCUUGUUUUUGAAUCUCUGCUCUUCUCAGACGUAUGUCCUCAACGAUAAAGAGGGUCUGGGCAGAGUUUUUGACGGAAUUGGAGGUCUGAGCGGCGGAGGGGCGACGUCUCGUUUACUGGUCAAUUAUGCUGAGCCGUACCGCAGCCAGAUAUUAGACUACCUUUUUAAGCCAAACUUUGGAGCGUCUUUGCACAUACUAAAGGUGGAGAUUGGGGGAGAUGCUCAAACUACUGAUGGAACAGAACCAUCACACAUGCACUACGAGAAUGAUGAGAACUACUUCCGAGGCUACGAGUGGUGGCUGAUGAAAGAAGCCAAGAAGAGGAACCCCAAUAUCACACUCAUGGGCUUACCCUGGGCAUUUCCUGGUUGGGUGGGGCAUGGUAAGAACUGGCCCUAUGACUUCCCGGACAUCACUGCAACGUAUGUGGUGAGCUGGAUCCUUGGUGCCAAGCAGUACCAUGACCUGGACAUUCAGUAUGUUGGGAUUUGGAAUGAGCGAAACUUUGACAGCAAGUACAUCAAGCUGCUGAGGUACACUCUGGACAAGAGUGGUCUGGAGAGUGUCAGGAUUAUAGCCAGCGACAACUUGUGGGAGCCCAUUGCCCUGUCGCUGCUGCUAGACCCCGAGCUCAGCACAGCUGUAGACGUGAUAGGGGCCCACUACCCAGGCACCACCACAGUGACGGAGGCCCUGAAGACGCAGAAGAAGCUGUGGUCGUCAGAGGACUACAGCACUUUCAACGAUGAGGUGGGAGGAGGCUGCUGGGCUCGCAUCCUCAACCAGAACUACGUCAAUGGGCUCAUGACUGCCACCAUCUCCUGGAACUUGGUGGCCAGCUACUAUGAGGAUCUCCCAUUCGGCAGAGACGGGCUCAUGACAGCUGAGGAGCCAUGGAGUGGCAACUAUGUGGUGGAGUCCCCUAUCUGGAUCACAGCCCAUACCACACAGUUCACCCAGCCAGGAUGGACUUACCUGCAGACUGUUGGACAUCUGACACAAGGUGGAAGUUACGUAGCCCUGACUGACGGGAAAGGAAACCUCACUGUCGUCAUAGAAACCAUGACUCACGAUCACUCGGUGUGCAUAAGACCUCCACUCCCUGCCUUCAAUGUGACAUCCCAGAAUGCAACUUUCCAGCUGAAGGGAUCCUUUGCCUCCAUCAAGGAACUACAAGUAUGGCGGUCGCAGUUCAACUUCAAAACAAAAAAAGCCUCCUUCUUUGAGAAACUGUCCUCACUGAAGCUUUCAGAUGGAUCCUUCACCUUAACUCUAGCUGAAGAUGAGAUUUACACAUUAACUACAAUUACAACAGGACGGAAAGGCAGUUACCCAGACCCACCCCCCUCUGCUCGCUUCCCUAAAGUCUACAAGGACGACUUUAAUGUUCGAAACCCUCUCUUCUCGGAGGCUCCAGGCUUCGCUGACCAGACGGGGGUGUUUGAGUACUACAUCAACCUGACUGACCCUGGACCUCACGUCUUCACCUUUCGGCAGGUUCUGACACAGAGACCUGUCACGUGGGCAACUGAUGCAGACCAGACCAUCAGUGUCAUAGGAGAUUAUCAGUGGCAGGACCUGACGGUCACAUGUGAUGUCUUCAUGGAGAGCGUUCAGACAGGUGGUGUUUUCAUAGCAGCCAGGGUGGAUAAAGGAGGCCAAUCAAUCCGCAGCGCUAAAGGAGUCUUCUUCUGGGUGUUUGCAGAUGGCUCAUACAAAGUUACCAAUGAUCUUGCUGGACAGACAGUACUAGCAGAGGGACAGUCUGGCACCCGAGCAUAUGGUUGGCACACCUUAUCACUCACUGUGACGGGCCAGUAUGCAUCAGGGAUGCUGAAUGGAUACCUAUUGUGGAAGAACGCUGUGGUGCUGACGCCAAAGAAUGGCUGGGCUGCCAUAGGAACACGCUCAUUUGAACUGGCUCAGUUUGAUAACUUUGCAGUGGUGGCAGAAUAAUGACUUAACUGUGAAAUAAUAAUUAACAAUCUGCUGUGAAUGUUAUGAUUCAUUAUUGACUUGAUCAGUGCAAUGAUGUAACACAUUAGUGUGCUAAAUAUAGCUUUAAUGUUUUUUUCUCUUUAUGAAGAUUUCAGUGGUGUUAGAGAAGGAUUGAGGGAAGAGGAUAUAUAAUGUAACAAUGCACUGCACCCCUGAAAUGAUUUUUCACUGGGUUUUCCAUGGAAUAAAUUUUUUUAAAGAAGUUUUAUGUUUUUUAAGAAGCUGCUGUAUCAUAAUUAAAAUUGUGUGUAAGGGCUGAAAUGAAAAAUGUACCAAAAAUAAAUUGGUUGUUUUUUCAUCUGUUUGAGUCCUUUCCUGUUAAAGACUUUUGAAAUCCACCCAUAGUGUUUUACAUCAAACAUCCCUGCAGUACAGUAAUUACAGUUGUUUCUACACCGUUGAAGGAAGGUAUCCACCUGAUGACCCCCAGAGACGUGCUAGGAAUCACUGCUCUUUGGCAUGUAUAGAGGCAGAUUAGGGGUCCAAAGUUCUUCACUGAGAAUGAAUCCUCUUUUUGAGCACAAGUAUCUUGUGUUUAAAUUAACUACUGUAGGUAACCAUGAUCUAAGCACUGUUAUGAAAAGGUAAUUACAUGUUUGUAAAAACAGCCUUUGUCACAGCCCAGCCCUAAUCUGUCCUGCAAUCUAACAUGCAGGGUUGGUCCUGCAUACUCCGGCCCACUUUUCCCCUGUGGCCCUGCCCUCUGGUGACAAUGGUCUGAACCUUCACCACACCACCUGCGACCAAUCACCUACCACAGCCCGGCUACAGCUGCUUCCACUCUAAGACAAGGACUAUGGUCAGUGCUAGAUUGUUGUUUGCCAUUCUGAAAUGUACUCUGCUCCUGUUGCUCAUGCUCAAGCCUUGCUUUGCCUGUUUUUGCCUUGUUGUCACCCUUCUUGCCACGUGAGUUUUGUCUUUGUUAUUUGAAGCUUUUUGGAGCUGUUUUUUGAGUUUUUGCCACGUGAGCCUUUUUCUGUUUUUGGUCAAUUUUGGGACAUUUCUGCCUCUUUUCUUUGCUUGUGUUUUGGUCUUUUUUGGAACUUUCUGCCAUGUGAGCCUUGCCUAUGUUUUAUGUUUUUUGUGAAGAUUUGCUUGAUCAUUUAUUGCCUGCCUGUAUUCGGACUCUGCCUGCCAUUGACUCUGAUUCUCUGCCUCAUCCCUGUCGACGCCUUUGCCUGAAUAAACUACAUUUUUGAUUGA